UCUGCCCCACAGAUGGCUUCUGCAAAUGAUACCCGGCAGGCGCCUAAAGAUGCCGCUGACCAGAAUUUUGACUACAUGUUUAAGCUGCUGAUCAUCGGCAACAGCAGUGUGGGGAAGACCUCCUUUCUCUUCCGAUACGCGGACGACUCUUUCACCUCGGCCUUUGUGAGCACCGUGGGCAUCGACUUCAAGGUCAAGACUGUAUACAGGAAUGAAAAGAGAGUCAAGCUGCAGAUCUGGGACACCGCCGGCCAGGAGCGAUACCGGACCAUCACCACCGCCUACUACAGGGGAGCCAUGGGUUUCCUUCUGAUGUACGACAUCUCCAAUCAGGAGUCGUUCAGCGCCGUUCAGGACUGGGCAACUCAGAUCAAGACGUACUCCUGGGACAAUGCUCAGGUGAUCCUGGUCGGGAACAAGUGUGAUCUGGAGGACGACCGAGUGAUUCCCACCGAGGAGGGCAAGCGGCUGGCUGACGAGUUAGGGUUUGAGUUCUUCGAGGCCAGCGCCAAGGACAACAUCAACGUCAAGCAGGUCUUUGAGCGCCUGGUGGACAUCAUCUGCGAGAAGAUGAACGAGAGCCUGGAUGGCAGCCCGGGCUUGGCGGGCGGCAACCACAAGACCCCGGCCCUCAGCGAGGCCCCUCCGGCCCCGUCCAGCGGCUGCUCUUGCUAG